AUGAACACGGAAAAAGUAAAGAAACUUCAGCAGAAUGCUGCGCAAGUGAGAACUGGUGGGAAGGGAACUGCUAGGAGAAAGAAGAAGGUAGUGCACAAAACUGCUGCCACUGAUGACAAGAAACUCCAAAGCAAUUUGAAGAAAUUGUCUGUGACAAACAUUCCUGGAAUUGAAGAAGUGAAUAUGAUCAAAGAGGACGGUACAGUCAUACACUUCAAUAAUCCGAAAGUACAGGCUUCUGUACCUGCAAACACUUUCUCAGUUACGGGGAGUGCUGAAAACAAACAGAUCACUGAGAUGCUGCCAGGUAUCUUGAAUCAACUAGGAGCAGAGUCUCUUACGCAUUUGAAAAAGCUUGCUAAUAAUGUUACUAGUCAGUUCAAGAACGCAGAAGACGAAGAUGUUCCAGAAUUGCUUGAAAAUUUUGACGAAGCGUCGAAGAAUGAAUCGAAAUUGGAUGAACUGAAGCAUGUUCAUGGUCAUGAUCACGGGGAUGACCAUGAUCAUUGUCACGGACACGAACAUAAACAGAAAGAUGAACAGGAACAUAUGGCUGGUGACGACAAGAAGACGGAGCAGCCGGUACAGGAGAAAGAAGAAAAGGUGGCUUCUUAA